ACAACAAGAACUGCUUUACGGGAAACAGGAACCGUGUCACGCUGCCCUAGGGUUUGCCCCGCCUCCGCUCGGCAACGUCACCAGCGCGAUACCACUGCACGGCAGGGAGCGCUGGGAGCGGCGUUACGUGUUGCCAGCGUGGGUCAGUGUGAUAGGGAGGCGGUGGAGAUGGCGGCGGUCAGGUACCAUGCGGUUCCGGGAGGUGGAGAGAGCAGUGACAGCGACGAUGCCUGGGAGAUCGGGGAUCCCCGAGACCAGAAGGAGAAUAUGAGCAAGCAGUUUUCAAUCGAAAGCACUGAAGAUGCAUUAAAGAAUGCAUUGAAUUUGGGAAAUGUGAAACUAGUUGAAGAACUCUUAGAUUCAGGAUUAAAUGUGGACUGCAGUUUCCGUUUUGGUUGGACUCCAUUGAUGUAUGCUGUCAGUGUUGCCAAUUUGAAAAUGGUACGUGUUCUCCUGGAUAGAGGAGCCAAUGCCAGCUUUGAAAGGGAUAAAUGUACUGUACUUAUGUCUGCGUGUUCUGCGUAUGCACUGGAAGAAAAUAUUGUGAAAUGUGUAGAACUAUUGCUGUCAAGGAAUGUUAAUCCUAACGUAUGCUGCAGGAACAACAUGACUGCACUUAUGCUUGCUGCUAGAGCUGGCCACACUCAAGUGGUUGCUCUUCUGGUUGCCUACGGGGCGGAUAUAAAUGCACAAGACAAGAAUGGCUACACAGCAUUGGCUUGGGCUGCUCAUGAUGGACAUAAGAACGCCGUUCUGAAGAUGCUGGAAUUGGGAGCUGACAUUAAGUUAUCCACAAAGUCUGGAAGUACACCAGCAGAUAUAGCUAGAGAAAAUAACCAUUUAGAGAUUUUUAGCAUCCUGUCGUUUUCUGGCAAUCUAAAUCAAGGUAAAAAUAAUGUGAGCAAGGAGUCAGUGUACAGAUAUCUGAAAAUACAGCCUGAGUCGUCAAUGAACUGUACAAGUAGUUAUUCAACCUCCAGUGACUUGGAUGUGUUUUUGCAUGGCUUAGGGCUUGAACACCUGACAGAUUUGUUUAAGGAAAAUGAUGUAACUUUGAGGCAGCUUUUAUCUUUGGAGGAAAUAGAGCUUCAAAAGGCUGGAGUUACAGAUACCGAGGACUGUAAGAAAAUCAUGUUGGCAGUGAAAGAGAUCCAGGUUGAAGAAACAAAACUUGAAAUGUUGACCGAUUUUUCAAGCUCGGAAUCUAGCAGUGAUGAGCUUUUUGCAUUUCUCCUUAAACUGAAUCGGCAAUGCACUUCUAUAACUCAUGCAGUAGAAUCUGUGAAUAAUCAAAUACCUUUGAAUGCUCAAAAGGUAGUCCUGGAGUUGGAUUCUUCCCAGAACUUUCCUUCUGUAUGUGAAGACAUUGUCACAAGUGUUACAGAUCUCCGUAAAGAAGUCUGCAGACUACAAAAUCUUUUACAUAAGUUUCAGCAAGGUCAAAGAAACAACCCCUGCCGUGUGCCGCCACUGAAAGACCAGCGAGGUUGGAGAUGGGGUCAAUUGCUGAAAAUGACUACACUGGCCGUGUUAGGUUUGGGAUUUUUUAUCUCCGUUGUUCAGAUACGUGCAAGAAAUAAAGUGGUGCUGUAAGGUACAGCAGUAUGGCAAUAAUAAUGCUUGAUGCAGAAAAAAAUCAUUUUUUUGGACAAGUAAACUGGACAAUUUUUUGUUAAUCCAAUACCUUGCUGAUGUUACAACCAUAUUUUGUUUAUUUUUAUGUAAUUUGGACAUUGUUUCACCUUAUUUUCAUGCCUUCUUAUAAAGCUGGUAAAGUUCACUGUCUGCUUUCACAUUUGCCAUUUGGAGUAUAAGAAAGUUUCCAAUCCAUAUAUUUUUGUAACACAUUUCUCACCUUAAUCAUUAAAUAUUAACGUUAUUACAAAA